UCUGUGCCCACAGAGCUGCACCCCAGGCCUCCGAGCCCUCGCUGUACGCUGUGAGCUCUCCUCCGCAGAGACUUGUUCAAUUCAGUAGUGACCUGAAUGUAUGGCUUUCUACCGAGGUUGGAGCGGAAAUGUCAUCUGAACUGUGUCGUAGGCAUCGCGUGUGGUUGUCUCCUCCCUUCUGAACUGUUAAUGUCAGGGACCCGCGGGCUGGUGCUGCGGGAGGCCGAGGGUGCCGCUUUGUGUUCACGCCGCGGGGAGGGAGCGACCAGCGGGCGGCCCCCACCGCUCCCAGGGAAACCACCCCUCUGUAACGCUCGGAAACGUUUUUUUGCCAAGUAUUGCACUGAUAAUACCGAUACCGGUCCUGAAAGGGUACCGACAGCAAAGUGGUGUCUAGAACCAGACAAGCGAGGUUGUGUGUGGAAAGGAAAUUUGAGCGAGCUGCCCUGAAGAAAGGCAUAGUGACGAGAUGAGAGAGAGAGAGACAGAUGCAUUGUUUGGAGAUGUUUAGCCAGUGCCCUUCUUCCCAGUGAGCCGCACAGGCUCAGAGCGGUACUGGCUUUGUAAAGGGACAGGCCUUCAUUUCUUCGUUUAUCCCCCCAGCAGCGCUGGAGAGCGAGGUGGCUUCAAUAAGCCUGGUGGACACAUGGAAGAGGGACCGGACCUUGACUUAGGCCCACCUAUGGACCCGGAUGAGGACUCAGACAACAGCUCAGUGUAUGUGCAGGGACUCAAUGAUAAUGUGACCCUGGAGGACCUGGCAGACUUCUUCAAGCAGUGCGGGGUUGUCAAGAUGAACAAGAGGACUGGGCAGCCCAUGAUACACCUCUACAUCGACAAGGAGACUGGCAAACCGAAGGGAGAUGCCACGGUAUCUUACGACGACCCAUCCACUGCCAAAACAGCCGUCGAAUGGUUUGAUGGGAAGGACUUCCAGGGCAGCAAGCUCAAAGUCAGCCUCACGCGGAAGAAGGGCCCGAUGAACAGCAUGAGGGGCGGGAUGCCCCCACGGGAGCAGAGGGGAAUGCCUCCCCCUCUCCGCGGAGGUCCUGGGGGGCCUGGCGGCCCGGGGGGACCCGGAGGACCGAGCGGCCCCAUGGGCCGGAUGGGAGGCAGAGGUGGCGACAGGGGAGGCUUCUCCUCGAGAGGACCACGGGGAUCCAGGGGGAACCCCUCUGGCGGCAGCGUGCAGCACCGCGCCGGAGACUGGCAGUGCCCCAACCCGGGAUGUGGAAACCAGAACUUCGCCUGGAGAACAGAGUGCAAUCAGUGCAAGGCUCCUAAACCAGAAGGGUUUCUCCCGCCCCCUUUUCCCCCUCCAGGUGGAGACCGCGGUAGAGGCGGCCCCGGAGGAAUGCGGGGCAGCAGAGGCGGCGGCCUGAUGGAGCGCGGGGGCCCCGGCGGCAUGUUCAGAGGCGGCCGCGGCGGAGACAGAGGUGGAUUCAGGGGAGGCCGGGGCAUGGAUCGAGGCGGCUACGGAGGAGGGGGCCGGCGAGGAGGGGGCCCCGGGGGCCCGCCCGGCCCGCUGAUGGACCAGAUGGGAGGCGGAGGCAGAGGCGGAAGACGCGGAGGCCCGGGGAAGAUGGACAAGGGGGGGCACCACGGGGGACAGGGGACUCCUUAA